AAUACAGUAAAUCAGACAGUCAUAAACUUUAUAAGAACUAAUUACUACUUUAAAAAAUGCAUAUUUUUGAUGUGAAUAUUAAUUCAAAGUAUUUUUUCUGGUAGUGCAGCAUUUCACAGAUGUUUGAAAGUAGCAGACAAAUGUUUUUCUCGGGUGUCACCCUCCCUUUUUAUUUAAUUUAAGACAACAAUUUAAUAUUAUUUAUUACUUAAGAAUGUCUAUAUGAGUACACGUCUUGCAUUUUGCAGCUUUAACGAGUAAUUUUUUAAAAAACGCUGGAAUAAUUUCAAUAACAAUCAGUUAUUAUUAUACCAAUCAGAUUGUAGUGUUGCACCGUCACCUGAGCUUAUUUGUAUUAAUAUGUAAUUAUUUGUCUUAUAAAGUCAGCCAAUGAGGUUAUGGAGUUUAUUGUUUGAUAAAAUGCUGUGAUUGCCUAACUUCCAAUCACAAUAUCAAAAAAAAACCUUAUCAGUGGAACCGAGGUUGACGUUACUAUGUGAAGGGCCACGAUAUGACUCGUUGUAAAAUGGUGCUAUUUCAGUGCAUAUGUACAUAAGUCCUGCUUCCUCAAAGUCGACACCCUCCAGUUGGAUACUCUGCAAAGACGACGGCUGGACGUCAAACUACGAGCUCAGUCUGAAGACCUGUCAGCUGGAGGCUCACGAAUCUCUUUCAGAAAUGUAUCGACUCACUUUGGUGGUGCUUGCAGCACUGCUCUGCUCUGCAGCUUUGGUGAAUGGAGGGAAGGUCUUGGUGUUCCCUGUGGAGGGAAGUCACUGGAUCAACAUGAAGGUCCUCAUCGAGGAGCUUCACUCCAGAGGUCAUGAAGUCACUGUGUUGCGCCCGUCAGAUGCCUGGUACGUCAAGGCAGAAUCCCCUCACUACAAGUCCAUCACGCUGAAUGCCGCAUCUGGUGUCAAUAGGGACAACAUGGGCAAUUUUGUAAAGAGAACGCUAGAGAUGCAACGGCAAGGGGCGUCAUUUUGGACUCGUAUGGCUCUGGAGAUUGACCUGGUGAAAGAGUUCUAUGAGAUGAACAGGGUUUUGAUUGUACUGAUGGAGAAAAUGUUUGAGGACAACAAACUGAUGCAGAGCCUCCAUGAUGCCAAGUACGAUUUGGUCCUGACAGACCCUACAUACGGUGGAGGGGUUCUUCUGGCUCACCGUUUGGGUCUUCCACUAGUCCUUAAUGUGAGAUGGACUAUUCAUGGUGAAGGGCAUACAUCAAUUGCACCUAGUCCACUAUCCUACGUCCCUGUAACAGGGUCAGAGUUGGCUGACAAGAUGACUUUCACCGAGCGGGUCAAGAACAUGUUGACCUACUUCUUCGUAUGUUUACAGAUUAUGUAUGUCAUAGACCCGCUUUACAAGCCAUUCGUCCAUCGUCACUUCGGUCCCGACGUCCACUACAUAGAGCUGUUCCAGUCGGCCGACAUCUGGCUCAUGAGGAAUGACUUCACCUUCGAGUGGCCGCGACCCACCAUGCCCAACGUCGUCUACAUGUCGGGAUUCCAGUGCAAACCCGCCAAGCCCCUGCCCAAAGAACUGGAGGAUUUCGUUCAGAGUUCCGGCGAGCACGGAGUCAUUGUGAUGACACUGGGGACCCUGGUGGAAAAACUUCCCGAGGACAUCACAGAGGACAUCGCUGCUGCAUUCGCGCAGCUUCCCCAGAAGGUGAUCUGGAGGCACAAAGGCAAAAGACCAUCCAUGCUGGGAAAAAACACCUUAAUGGUGGAAUGGUUGCCCCAGAACGACCUCCUGGGUCACCCCAAAACCAGGGUGUUUGUGGCACACGGAGGUACCAACGGCAUGCAGGAGGCCAUCUACCAUGGCGUCCCCCUGGUCGGACUGCCACUCAUGUUCGACCAACCCGACAACUUCUUCAGGAUGAAAGCCAGAGGCGUGGCCAAAGUCCUGGACUUUGAAACAAUGAACAGAGACAACUUCCUGGAGGCGCUGAAGGAGGUCCUGUACCAACCGUCCUACAGGGAGAAGAUGAAGGUUCUGUCCAGCCUGCACCGAGAUCAGCCCAUGAAGCCGCUGGACCGGGCCAUGUUCUGGAUCGAGUUCGUCAUGAGGCACAAAGGAGCGGCCCACCUAAGGACAGAGUCUUACAAGAUGUCCACGAUCCAGUACCACUCCAUCGAUGUGGUGGCGUUCCUGCUGGCAGUUGUUUUGCUAGUAUUUACCGUUUCUGUCGCUGUUAUCAAGUUUGUCUGGCGAAGGUUAUUUGGCCGACACAAAGUCAAAAAGGAAUGAUAUAUAUAAAAUGUGUUUUCACAUUCUGAAUGCUAACAGUUCUGAUAAUUUCUUAUGACCACAUCUAAACACAUAAGGUUGAUCAGCAGGAUCUCAAAUCUGUGAAUUUGAAAAUACAAUCUGGUGAAAAAUGCAAUCUCCAGGGAAGUUAAUCAGGAUGUUUUAUGGAAUAAUUUUGUGGUAGUGCUCUUUCUAUUGUAAAUUACUAAUCAAAUCAAAUAAAAUCAACUUUAUUUA